CCGCUGCCCGUCACUCUCCUCCUCCCACACUGCUCUGCUCUCCAGCGCUACAUAAACAAAGCCUGGGCAGAAGAAGGAGGAAAAGCAGCGGGAGACAAGGAGGAACAGCGAGCAGCCAGAGCGCUCUCACUCUUCCUGGAGCCCUCGCUCUGCUUACCGAGGACGCGCGCGCGCAAAGACAGACUCUCCGGCUCCUCGCGCGCAAAAUCACACGACAGCAGCGGCACCGCUGCAUUCUCUCCGCGCCCGGUAACGGAGGACGCGCGCGCACGCACCCUCACUUCCACACGCGCGCGCGUGCGAGGACUGUACGAUGGCUCAGCAGCGCAAAAACGACCCAGGCUCGUUCCCGGAGCUGGUGGAGCUAAACGUUGGCGGACAGGUGUACGUGACGCGGCGGGCCACCCUCGUCUCGGUGCCGGACUCUCUGCUCGGACGCAUGUUCGGUCAGCAGAGUCCCUCGGAGCUCAGCACGGACACCAAGGGGCGCUUCUUUCUGGACCGCGACGGCUUCUUGUUCCGCUACAUCCUGGACUACCUGCGCGACGGCAACCUCGUGCUGCCCGACUACUUCCGCGAGCGCGCCGGGCUGCGCCGGGAGGCCGAGUUCUUCCAGCUGCGCGACCUGGCGCGGCGUCUCGCGCCGCUGGUCAGCAAGGAGAACUCCAUCGGCGACGAGGCGCAGGGCGAGCACGAGCAAGAGCACGACGAGGGCGCGCUCGCGUCCACGUCCACGACCACGACGUCCAGUCUGAACGACCCCCGCUCGCCCUCCCUCAAGUGCGGCUACAUCACGAUAGGCUACAGGGGCUCGUACACGAUCGGCCGCGACAUCCAGACGGACGCCAAGUUCCGCAGGGUCGCGCGCAUCACCGUGUGCGGCAAGACCUCGCUGGCCAAAGAAGUGUUCGGGGACACGCUCAACGAGAGCCGAGACCCCGACCGACCUCCGGAGCGCUAUACCUCGCGCUACUACCUCAAGUACAACUUCCUGGAGCAAGCUUUCGACCGGCUGGCCGAAGCGGGCUUCCGAAUGGUCGCAUGCAGCUCCACGGGCACGUGCGCCUACACCAGCAGCGACCCCAACGAGGACAAGAUCUGGACGAGCUACACCGAGUACGUGUUUUGCAGGGAAUGACCAAAAACAAACAAUCGAAAAGUGACCACUCUGUAGGACUCGAGGACUCAGAAUCUUACCUUUGAUUUUAUUUUUCCACCAUUGAAAAACACACAUGUUGUGAAAGAGUAUCAGUCAAUGCGCAGAGAAGAGGCAGCGGUGGGUAGACCUGCCCCGAAACACCCCUGAGUGAAAACAGGACGAUGGCCUAGCCACCAAAUACAAGCUAAGGAAAAAAGUGGGUCCAACUACAGAAUUCUGUUGUUUUUCAUGAUUUGUUUAAGUGGAAUAUUUUUUUAUUUGAGGCAGAACCUCCUUGUCUUAUUCAUUGACUUAAACAGGUGGGCAUAGAAGAAGCAGAGGUGGGUGGAACUGCUUAAAACAAGCUGAAGUAAGACUAAGACCACUUCUAAAAAAUAAAGAUUGGUCCAAAAACCAAUGUUUUGUUUAUUAUUAUUCUUAGAAUUUGAGGCAGAACCUUUUUAUCUUAUUCAUUGAGGUAAAAAAAACAAACAAACAGUGGGUAUAAAAGAAACAGAGGUGGGUAGAACUGUCUGAGCAUCACCCUCAAGUAAAAAGUAAGAAGAAAACCUCUCUGCUACCAAAAAAAGGGAAGAUCCAAAAACUACAGAAUGUAAAAUCUUACUAGUUGAAGCAAAAUCUUAUUGUUAAGAUAAGGUUUCCUUAUUUAUGGAGGUGACAACAAAUUAUGAGAGAGAGAGUUAUCAGUGUGCAGAGAAGAAGUAGAGGUGGGUAGAACUGUCAGAAUUGUCCCUAAUGCUACAAAACACAUCGUAAAAGUAAAAGUGAAAGGACCAAAAACCACCGAAUUUUACUGUUUGUGCUUCUCAUUUUGCGAGUAAACUCACACUUUGUGAGAUAUAAUCACUGCACAGAGAGGCAGCCAUGGCAAACAUGACCUAAAUGCCACCCUCCGUCACUUCUGUGAAAUAAGCACCCAAUUAAGACUAAAAGUAGCUCCCAGAAACCAGCUUGGGUGAAAAAGCAUUAAUCCUAUGGUUGAUUUCCCUUCACUGAGUCAAUCCCAGUUGUGCAAGAACAUUAGUGCACAGUGAGAAAGCAGAAGUGGGCAGAAAACAUCCUGAAGUAAAAAUGAUUACUUCCAUUAUAUUAUGACUCAAGUAGAUGUAAAAAUAGACACCAGAAGUGCUUGCGCAAAAAAAAGGCCAAUGGCCUAAAAAAGUCUUCAGGUGCUGAGUUCAGAAAGUCAGAGGAACAUGCAGCGUCUUUCAGCAUAGGGCCUGAAAUUUGUUAAGUUCUUUCUUCUCUUUUUCGGAUCCUGUUGGCCUCAUGCUGAGCAGAUGAGAAUGAUAUCAAACCCGAAAAAGGAUUUGAUGACUAAACUGCACAUGACUGAAAUGGAACUGAGUAAAAUGCAGAUCCUCUCUUCACAAGCCUACUUCAGUAGAAGUAUUAGCUCUUGAACAUACAAAGUACAAACCAAUCCAGAUUUGACCGAAGCACAUGGAGCUGAGUAGAGGAGCUAGUCAAGUUGCUGGUUCCUACCUCUGCAGAUCAGUAUAAGUGUGUUCUGUGUUUUGGCCGAAGUUGAAGGAUUAGCUGGUGGUGAUAUACAAUGUUUAGCUUAAACAGUUCAGUGAACUCUACUAACAUUCCUGAGAAACCAGAAACAGACGGGCCUGUCUAGACAGAUUUGGAUGUGGAAAAGACAAGUAAUGUUCCCUGUACUGUCACACAGCACGGCUAUGUAUUGGAUACAUUGGAGGAAAAUUCAUAAAAGUUUCUGAAUUACCUAAAAGAAUCAGCCCUCAUGUUCCACCCACUGUCAGACAUGUCAGGCUCAGAGGCAUCUAUUCCUCUUUAUGCUCUGCAGCACUUACUAUUUUAGUGUUUCUCAUACUGUUUUCCAGACAUUUGCCCUCUUUCAAUCCUCCCACUGGACUUUUAUUUUCUGCUCACACAGAAGAUGAGGGUCUCCCUUAUUGACAGUUGUUUCUGGCAAUAUUCCAGCAUGAGCUUUGGUUUCUACUUGAUGGUGUAAGAUAACAUCUGGCUCAUGCGAAAUCAACUUUUGCAGUUUGGUUUUGUUUUAUCUGACAGUAGUUCCUCAAACUGGACCCUUACAUAAGGUUAUUUUUAACCCAUUUUUCCCAUCUGAAGUAAACAAUGUGAUUUUUUUUUCCUCUGCACUUGUAUAUUUGAAAUCUUGAACUUUUGCCCAUACUGUUCAUCUGUAAGACCCAAAGAAUAAAUUAAGUAUGAAAGAUGUU